AUGGCCCGGAAAGAGUUCGCUAUGCACUGGUACUGGUGUUACGAAGACAGCUUCCAGGAUCCUUCUUUCAUUAGGCGCGCUUUCCCAAGACGCCUUUGGGCUGUCAAAGCAAUGCUGGAGCGCAACGAGAGAAGCGAAACACUCCUCAAACAUACAGCCCCUAUCCUCUGUGUGCAAGUCAAGUCUAUCUUCCACAGGCUGUAUUGGGGCCGAAGGUACAGGCAGACGCAAAGAUUUAUAAUGUCUUGGCCAGAAAUCCAGGCCUGGGUGCAGUCCGACAAAACUCAUGUCAACGCUUAUUUACCUGUUCAUUCGUAUGAGCAAGACUAUCAUGAAACAGCAUUACACUAUGCCACAGCAAUCGGUGAUGCAGACUUUGUGAAGUACCUUAUCACGGUCGCUGGGGCUGACAUAAAUGCCUUGAACAGUAGGCAUGAACCUGCUAUCUUUUAUGCUACCAUCACCGGUCAACUCGAGAUGACAAGACUCUUACUGUCCCAUGAUGCAAACAUAAAUCAGGUCAAUUAUCAUGGUGUCGGUAUUGUCCAUACCCUGGCCCGUUUCAACGAUGCUGAUGCUGCUACACUAUUGCCCAAUCUAAUGCACCAUGGGCUUGAUAUCUAUCCACGAACCUCAAAAAACAGUUUAAGAACCACCUUUGAGGCACUCGAUAUACCUGACGUGCUUCCCAAUCUUCCGAUAAUAGUAGCAGCUAUGCGACAACAACAGCGUCUCUUCAGUGGCUUCCUCGAGGCACAUAAGAGACAUAAACUUAAACAUUCCGAUCUUCUACUGUUGCUGAUCUUGUUGUCUGUGGAAGAAAUUUGCGAGACACCUGAAAUCAAGGCCAACCAUCAUACCAGUGUGCGGACAGAGUCAGCUUCCGCUCCUCUUGAUACGUCCCGUACCUCGGAGAAACAGGACAAUGAAGCAGAUGGUGUCAUUGUGACGCAUGAUCAUCUGUUGCUUCUCUUUUACCAAGCCAUUUAUGUCGAUGGCCUUGAUGUUACGCUUCGAAGAAGUCUUCACGGAAAACAAGCCUCGUUGAUGAAGCGCGAGACAAUUGCAACAUUGCUCAAGUUCGGCAGCACAGCAACCACGGAGGAGCUGAGCAUCUCCGAAUUUGCUCGACAGACGCUAAAGUUGUGUGUACUCUUAGGAGACAACAUCGCGCUGACGACAUGUAUGGAAGUGUUUAGUGAGAGGGGACAAGAUCUGGCCGACGCUAUAGCUGAUCAGUCACUUUAUGGAGGAGCUCACGCACUUGGUGUAAGCAUUAGCAGGGGCGCUUACGACAACUUUAUGUUUCUGCUUGACAUGUACCCCUUCCUACGAGAUGCCGCCGAUAGCCAGGGAGUGACCAGCCUACACCGAGCUGCCAGGGUGAAAUCAACUCGGUACGUUGAAAGACUACUUGAGUGCGGCGCCGACCGUUAUGUCCGGAAUCAGGCCGGCGAAACUCCCUUUUUCACAGCAUUGGUAUUUGGUCCGAACCUCGAAAUUGCCACUCUGCUUGCCCAAGAUGCCUACAUGGAUAUAAUACUCGGGCGCUGUCCCGUAACAGGUUUGACUGUGUUCAGCCGACUUCUCUGUCUUAUGGUGCAAUGGAAACGAAAGAUCGAUAUUCGCACAUUACAGUAUCUUGUCGACAAUUACGGACCCCCGUCCGUGUUUUUUGAUCGAAGGGCAAGCUUGGACAAGGAAGUCGCCAUCUUUCGGUAUAUAGCUGAUCUACUUCAAGACGAUAUCAACUCGUUGGAUCCUUUUGGGUCAGCGCCUCUUCACUAUGCUGCUAUAUUUGCCAACCCAAACGCCGUGGAGAUACUUUUGGAACGGAAGGCAACAGUCGACAUCCUGACCAUCGAGUCUACGGUGCAAGACGGCGCGAGAAAUCGGGUAGGGAUUACACCGCUAGCUUGGGGCAUACUGAGGAAAAAUAAUGGCCCUCCAGCGCAUUUAAAGGAAGGUACAGUAGAUGUUAAGCUGUGGCAGCAAAGGAUGGAUCAAGUGCUUAAGCGCCUUGCACAAGAAAGCGGAGCUGCAGGCCCAGGGGCGGAUCUUGCAACACAUACGCGGGCAUUGUGUAUAGUCCAUGAAGAAUUGGCUGCGAACAUCGCAGUGGCCAAUUAUCGCGGACCUGAUAUCGCGGAAAAGAGCGGGCAUGCAGAAUGGCCCAAGCGACUCCCCCAAGAGAACGGGCCGCCGCAGAGAAGUGUCGAGGUGAUUAUGGAGAAUGGAUUGUCUGAGUAUACGCCAGCACAGACUUUGAAACGCAUGCAAAUGGUGCUAGGUGCAGUUAACUACGGGGUACGAACUGGAAACAUGGCACCCCGGUUGGAGAAAGCUCCUCAAGAGUAUUUAGAUCGGCUACAGCGAGAGUGGACGGAAUAUCAAAUGGAGAACAUGGGGAACAGGCUAUGA